AUGGGUCGACCACAGCUCUACUCCCCCCGCCAACCGGAUAGCCCCUCGAGACAGCUUAUCCUAGAGCUUGCAAGGGACCUCGAGCAGGUCCGUCUACACAGCAAUGAGCUCAAAAAAGUACGAGCCUACGAGCGCAAAUCCUUUUAUGAGAAUCUAGACCGUCUAGAUCGAGAGAAAGAAGAGGUACAUAAUGCGGCCCUGACAGCCGCAGCCGCCAAACGUGAUGCUCUCAGGCUUGAAGCCGAGGAGACAUUGCAACUCCAUCUACGUGCCGAAGAGGAGGAAAAGAGACGGAAAGAGGAGUUGGAAAGGCAGAAGAGGGAAAAAAUUGAGCGUGAGAAGGCCGAGAGGGAGCGUCGGGAGCGGGAGGAGGCUGCGCGAGUGGAAGCUCUGAAGAAAGCUCAGGAAGAGGAAAAGAGGAGGAAGGCAGAGGAGGCUGAACGGGCACGGAGGGCCGCGGAAGAAGAAAAGGCUAAACGGGAUCGGGAACGCGCGGCGCAGGAACAACGGAAGCAGGAGGAGGCUAAGAAGGAGCAGGCCGAGGCCAAAGCCGCGGAGGAGAAAAGGAAGCAACAACAGCAGCAGGCAGAAGAAACGUCAGCAGCAGCAAAGAUCUUGGGAGUUGCACAUCGUACUCCCCAGCAAAUCGCGGAGCAUCAGCGAUACCUCGAGCUUCACCAGCAUCUCAAGAAGUUCCGGCGGUAUAUGAUAGGUGAAACGAAGAAGAAUCCAAUUCUGAAACAACACAUGGGUGAUAUGCGCCGGACUAUAAAGAAAUGCGUCGGCCAACUUGUCGCCGAUGACAAGAUCGCGAACCGCACCCCCACCAACGAAAUAACCACAGUCCUCAAGAAAGCCCUCGCCCUCACCGAGCCCUCCGUCGACAUACGCGAGUUUCUUGCUUUUCCUCCCCAAUAUCUUGCCUCUAGCACCAAUGAGGCUGAAACUAAAGCCCCUGCCCUCCUCCUCUACCUCCUAAACAUUUUUUCAAAGGCCAUAAUCGCCCAGCUCAUUGCCGAAGCCGGCAUAACCCCAAAAUACGCCGAGCCACUAGGCGUCCUCACUGCGCAGAUCUUCUCCAUGGAAUCCUUCACCUACAGCGGCAUCUCAAUGAUCGACGUGCUCCUCGCAAAGUACCACGCCAUCUGCCCCGUCCUGUGGGGUUUUUACGGCAACGAGGCGACGGACGUGGGCAAAGAGGCCAUCGGUUGGUGGCGCGAGCGCGACGACGGCCGCCGCUUCAUACCGCCGCAGACGCACGAGGAGCGCAUGAUCGGCCUCGGCGCCGGGUUUGCGGCGAUAUCGCUCCGCAACUUCUCCAAGACGACGCGCAAGAACCCCAUGCCAAACACACACUUUUGGCGCGCGUGUGCGAAUAUCCUGAAUGUGCCGCCCGGCGAGGUGCAGGAUACGCAUUUGCUUGUGUUGAGUGCGCUUCUGAGGCACUCUGCACUGAGGAUUGUGGGGUUUUGGGGGGAUGUGGGGCUGGCGCUGUUGCGGGCGGCUGUUGUGGAGUUUCCGGCUGGGUUGGGGGAGAGAAAAAGUGCGGCGAGGGCGAGUGUGGAGAUUUUGAGGGAUGUCUUUGUUCGGGAGAGGUGUAUUUUGCUUUAAGUCUUUUUGGAUCUUCCCCCCCAACCCCUUCACACAACCUGGCACGGAGAUGGCGAAAGAGAUGUUGUUUUAAUUUU